AUGUCCUCCAUCCGCUUCGUUUGCCAGCACUGCAGCCAGCCCUUGAAAGUGAGCCGGUUCCUGGAGACUCUGGGCCACCCUGCAGCCGGGACAGUUGCCCCAGCACAGGGGGGACCAGGGGACACCCAAGAGGAUGGUGCUACCUGCAGGGAGGAGAUGGAUAUCCAAAACCUGCAGGCCGGUCCCUCUGGUGGACCCCCUGCUGACGGCGGCAGGAUGUCCAGAGUUGGUGCAGACAACUUCACCCUGCUUGGGGAGAUUGGCUCCUUGAGAAUUUUCAGCAGCAUCCAUAAGGCUGCCGGGGAGAUUUUUGACAUCCUCUCUGGCCAGAGAGAUGUGGAUCAUCCCCUGUGUGAGGAGUGCACUGACACACUUUUUGAGCAGCUGGAUGCCCAGCUCACUGCCACAGAGCUCGCGAGCCAGGACUACAGGCGCUGUCUGGACACCAGCAAGCAGGUGGGGCAGGAGGCGCUGCAGACGGAGCUGGGGGACCUGCAGCAGGAGGAGGCACGGAUGGCCCGGGAGCUGCAGGAUGUGGACGUGAACCUUGCAAGGGCAGCUGCGGAGCUGCAGGCAGCCCAGGCUGAGACUGCAGAGCUGCAGCAGCGGGAGCGGCAGGUCCAGAUGGACUGCAUGGCACUGGAGUGGCAACACCUGGAACUGCAGGACCAGCUGAGGAGCGUGGACAACCAGCUGCGCCACGCCCGUGACCAGCUGCACCAGCUGCAGAAAAUUGACGUCUUCAAUGCCACAUUUAAGAUCUGGGAGGAGGGCCCCUUGGGUGUCAUCAAUAACUUCAGACUGGGCUGCCUCCCCACUGUCCCCGUGAGCUGGAAUGAGAUUAACGCUGCGUGGGGACAGACGGCAUUGCUGCUGCUCUCCCUGUCCAAUGCAAUUGGGCUGCAGUUUCAAAGGUACAGCCUGGUCCCCUGCGGAAACCACUCCUAUCUGAGGUCCUUACCAGGUGGCUCCACUGAGCUGCCGCUGUUCUGUUGUGGGGGGCGGGGUGUGUUUUGGGGUAACAGAUUUGACCGUGCCAUGCGGGCCUUCCUGGACUGCAUGCAGCAGUUCAAAGAAGAGGCUGGGAAGGGCGAGCAAGGCCUCUGCCUGCCCUACAAGAUCCACGUGGACAAAGGCCUGCUGGAGGAUGCCGGGGGCAGCAGGGAAUGCUACUCCAUCACCACCCUUCUGAACACGGAGGAGCGGUGGACCCAGGCGCUCAGGCUCAUGCUGCUCAACCUGAAGUGGAGCCUCACUUGGGUCUCCUCAAAGUACCAUCCAACAUAA